AUGCAAUAUCAAAGUAAUGACGACGACUUACAAUAUCGGAUUUUUGGCGAAUCCUUCAACUUUCCCAUCGAGAACAAAACUAUCGGAGGCCGGCGAAGAAAACGUAGCGGCUAUGAUUCAGAGACGAGCGAAUAUUCAGAGGAUUCAGCGGCGGCCUACGAGGAUGUCCAGGCUGCAACCAAAAGCUCUGGGCCGCGGAAGAAUAUUAAUAGGGGGAGGUGGACAAAGGAGGAGGACAAAAAGCUAAAAGCAUGCGUAAAUAUAUACAAUGAAAAUUGGGACCUGAUAUCGGCGCAGUUUGCUGAUAGGUCGGACGUCCAGUGCCAACAGCGGUGGACCAAAGUCGUCAACCCUGAACUAGUCAAAGGCCCUUGGACGAAAGAGGAAGAUGAGAAGGUGAUGGAACUGGUCGCCAAAUAUGGGCCGAAGAAAUGGACGCUCAUCGCACGCCAUUUAAAAGGAAGGAUAGGAAAACAAUGCAGAGAACGAUGGCACAACCACCUAAACCCAUCUAUAAAGAAGACAGCAUGGACAGAGCACGAAGACCGAGUCAUAUAUCAAGCACACAAACAGUUAGGGAACCAAUGGGCCAAGAUUGCGAAACUAUUACCCGGCAGGACCGACAACGCAAUAAAGAACCAUUGGAACUCCACAAUGAGGAGAAAAUACGAGCCGGAUCUACUGGACAGUUUCGAGACGCUCCGUCGGAAACAGCCGCGGGUAAAGCCGCGGGAACUAACUGACUCUAAUAUUAUGCAAGAGAAGGUGCAAGUCGCGUAUAACGAUCAAUCCUGGUCGGAUCCCUUCAACGAAUCAGCCCAAAGCAACUCGUCGAAUACAAGCCAGCCUCCUUCGAAACAUGUCCUACAUUUCCGUCAGUUACUCAAAGAUCAACUAAACAAUUUGCAACACCAAGUCAUACCGAAAUCGCCGGAUAGAGGAGGGCUGGUCGCUGCAGACGAAAUGGAAAUCGUUGAUACGCCUUUUAAAUUCGUAAACAUAGAAACUCUACCAACAGACUCACCGCUCAGAAACUAUCUAUCAUCAGCCUCAGCUACCACUGAGAAUAACCAAGAUACUGUUACCUACGCCGUACAAGCAGAAGCGAGCAAAGAGAUAGAGGUUCCCUCAGCAAUGUACACGUCGCCUCGUAAGAAAGGAGGCGAGACUAGCAGUCCGCCUCCGAUACUGAGGCGAAAGACUAAGAAGUUACCCGUCGUUACUACCAACAACCCUAAUGCAUGGACAGACACUUUAACCAAAGCGCUGGAGUACCGUGAAUCAGGCGUGACACCAAUAAAGGCGCUGCCGUUUAGUCCGUCUCAGUUCCUCAACUCCCCCGCCGGAAUAUCAUUCUCCGCUAUAGACGCUAACUCUACGCCGCUGCGACAUGCUGCCAAGGAGUGGAGUGCGAGUCCUCUACUUCAGACCCCUACGCCAGUCAACCACGUGACGCCUGGAGGACCCAAUCCUGUCAAGAGUAAUACACCUAAAACUCCAACGCCCUUCAAGAUCGCUAUGGCGGAACUGGGCAAGAAAUCAGGUCUGAAGUAUGAACCAUCGAGCCCUGGACUACUAGUCGAAGAUAUCACCAUGAUGAUGAAGAGAGAAAACUCUGAUAGCACUGUCCAGUUGAACGAUUCUUUAUUGUCCACUGCCGCUGAUCAGGAAAAUGGGAACGUGCAGAUAAACGACUCCGGCAUAGGUAGCCUGAAGCGAGGUAAUGAGUCAGGCAAGGAGAACGUCCCCGGCCACAAGAAGGCGCGCAAGGCUCUGGCCCCGGCCUGGGCCGCCCUCACUAGCACGCCACACGCCCGGGAACAUACUCCUACACUCGUACCCGACGUCUCUUACAUCGAGACUCCUAGCAAAACCUUAGCCGGAGACAGCUCAGUAAUGUUCUCACCACCGUCAAUCGUCAAGCAUUCUCUACUAGAAGAAUCCACAAGCCUACACUCCCUUAUAAGCGCUGAAAACACGCCAGACACAAGCAAAUACGAAGACAUUGAUAUCGAAGCCGUCAUCACUGAGAAAACUAAGGUACAACACAGGUCUAUACUCCUUACUAAUCCUGAACCUAACACCUUAGGCCCUACUGAUAUCAUUUACCCAGAAUAUAUGACUCCGUUCAAAGACAUCACUAAUUUAGACAACCCUAGCUUCUCUAGAUUAAAUGCUGAUAGACUUCGAACUAUUACUACGGGCAACGAAUUAGCUUGCGACACCCUUAUUGCGCCUAAACAGGUCCUAGCUAACGCCUUAGCUGACCACAUUUAUAAAGUAACCAAUCAGAAGCCGUCUACGUCACGUAUAGAUGAGAUUUUAACCAAUAAGAUUAUGAAUAAAAAUGAUUAUGCGCAGAAAGAGAAUCAGUGGUGGACUGUGGAUAAAGAUACUGGACAGACGGACGAUGUGUUUAGUAAUGAUUAUUAUAUGUUCGCUAAUAUGUAG